ACGAGUGGAGCUUCAUCUGCCAUUGGAGUUGAUCACGCAUAUACUCAUAGGGCACUUUUUGGCGUAGCUCGUUUUUUGUGUAUAACCUAUUGUAUGCUAAUUCGGAUGUAAAAAAUCAACCAGUUGAUUGCAGCUUUGAGAACAAAUUGGAGUACAUCAUCAGGAGGAAGGAAGACGUUUCAGACGAGUUCUUGCUCUUUUAAGAUGGGGCGAAUGUGGACUCCGCUGACGGUUGUUGCGUUGAGCGUCGUUUGUCUUUUUACUGUGGAUGUAGUCGAUGCGAAAAAUGGAGAUAUGAACCUCCUCGAGAUGUUCCCCAUCAAAACCCUUCGAAUCCCCGGGGUUUCCGUCGUGGAUCGGGGUUCUACUCUCUUCGGUGACACCUACGAGUUCGACGGCAAUUUGCAGUACAACUCCCUCAUUGCGGACGAGGUGUAUCUGAGGACGUUUGCCAGGGAAAUCCGAAGCCAGGGGGAGAUUUUCUUGGUGGCUAGAGUGAUGUUAACACCGGGCGUUCAGAGCAUUCUGACCGGUGUGUACUCGUUGAAUAACCGGUAUCCGUACUUCCAGGUUAUGUUUGAUGGGAGAGAUACUACAAAUGGUAAAGUGUCCUUCAGCUACAUGAUAGGCGAAGACAGCAGAACAAUGGAAUUCCUUGACGUCAAGUUAACGGACGGUCAGUGGCACACCUUCAUUUUGCAUUUUCACGAACUGAAAAACCCCUACAACGAGAUGUCUUUGUACGUGGAUUGCGACGUGGUUGGCAAACCGCAGACUCUGGCCGGACGGCUGGGGAAGACCUUCAACAAGAAGGCCCUGAACUUGGCCAAGAUGACGGUAGGACAAGGCGGUCUCGUCACAUCACCGAAACCACUGCAAGGUUCGGUCCAGGGUGUGAAGUUCCUGUUUGGAAGCUCAAUUGGCGAAGCUCUGGGCUCCAUGGGAUGCCAGCCGCUGGAUGAACGGGAGAGAGAUACCGUUUCUGACUCAGUAGUUUUAAUGGACGCCUUGAACUCCUUGGUUGACUCCAUCUACGUGUUAAAAAAUGAACUGACCGAACAGACCAAGGAAAUCACACGACUUCGUGCAGUGAUGCAAAACUGUGCAAUGUGCAACACCGUUAAUCCAAUUCAACCUCCGAAGUACGAGAGAUGUAACUCCAAUCCCUGCUUCCAGAACGUCAAGUGUACCGACACACCAACGGGUUACUCCUGCGGUCCGUGCCCGCUCGGCUUCGAAGGCAACGGCACACACUGCACUGAUAUCAAUGAGUGCGAGUUGGCUAGCCCCUGCUCACCUGUCGCCACUUGUGUCAACCUCGUACCCGGGUUUAGAUGCACGGAAUGCCCCAACGGUUUCUUUGGCAAUGCAAUAGAAGGUGUUGGCUUGCAGGCAGCUCGCAGAGCACGACAGUUUUGCAGAGACAUCAACGAAUGUAACAUCAAUAACGGACAGUGUGUAGAGAACUCCCGUUGCGUCAAUACUCACGGGUCUUACUUCUGUGGCGAAUGCUUCGAAGGUUACGUUGGUAACCAAACAGUAGGGUGUAAAAGAGAGAGGGUGUGUCCAGACGGUGCGUCGUAUCCUUGUCAUGAACACGCGGAGUGUAUGAUAAAGAGGAACGGGGAAUACUUCUGCGAGUGUGACAUUGGAUGGGCUGGGAGUGGUUUCGUAUGCGGAAUUGACACUGACCUAGACGGGUACCCUGAUGAGAAGCAACCUUGUAUGGACAAACACUGCAUGAAGGAUAACUGCGUGAAGAUUCCUAACAGUGGCCAAGAAGAUGUGGACGGGGAUAGUGUUGGGGAUAUCUGCGAUCUGGAUGCAGAUGGUGAUGGCGUCUUCAACCUACCGGAUAACUGUCCUCUGGUUGGUAACCCAACGCAAGAUGAAACGGACGAUAUGGAUGACGUAGGUACGCAGUGCGACAACUGCAUACGCGUCUUCAAUCCAGAUCAGAUUGAUACAGACAGAGAUGGCAUGGGAGAUGCUUGUGAUGACGACAUCGAUAAUGACGGUGUACCGAACAGUGACGAUAACUGCGUCUACAAUCAGAACCCCUACCAAUGGGAUACCGACGAUGAUGGCUUCGGAGAUGAGUGUGACAACUGUCGCUACAUUUUUAAUCCUUCCCAGAGUGAUGAAGACGACGAUUUAUUGGGAGAUGAAUGCGAUACGGGUAUCGACACUGACAGCGAUGGUAUCCAGGAUAAUGAAGACAACUGCCCCUACGUGGCAAACAACCCACAGCUCGACACUGAUAGAGAUGGCUUCGGUGACGCAUGCGAUGAUGAUGACGAUAAUGACCGUAUACUUGAUGUCGAUGACAACUGUCGCCUAAUCUACAAUCCAGACCAAGCAGAUACUAACCAGAAUGGUAUUGGAGAUGCGUGUGCCGAUUUCGAUCAAGACGGGGUACCAGACGAGGAUGACUCGUGUCCAGAGGAUGCAAAGAUUCAACGUACCGACUUCAGAUCCUUCCAGACUAUUGUUCUGGAUCCAGAAGGCACAUCACAAGUUGACCCUAAAUGGGUUGUCUUUGAUGAGGGCAAGCAAAUCAUGCAGACAAUCAACAGCGACCCCGGUCUAGCCGUCUCCUACCAAGCCUUCGACGGUGUCGAUUUUGAGGGGACAUUUUUCGUGAAUACCAACACCGAUGAUGACUACGCUGGGUUUGUGUUCGCCUACCAGGACUCGGCGAGUUUCUACACGUUGAUGUGGAAGCAGGGCCUGCAGACGUACUGGGAGGCCACGCCAUUCAGAGCUGUUGCUGAACCCGGCUUUCAACUUAAGGUUGUCAAGUCUGAGACUGGUCCCGGUGAGAUGAUGCGUAAUGCAUUGUGGCACACAGGGAACACGACCAACCAGGUUACUCUCCUUUGGCAAGAUCCACUUAAAGACGGCUGGAAAGACAACCAAGCAUACAGAUGGAUUGUAAACCAUAGACCCUCUAUUGGUCUCAUCAGGGUGAGAUUGUUUGAAGGAACUGAUAUUAUAGCCGAUUCUGGAUACAUCAUCGAUACGACAUUGAGAGGGGGACGUCUUGGUCUCUUCUGUUUCUCACAAGAAAGCAUCAUCUGGGCAAGGCUGUCUUAUAAAUGCAACAACGAAAUCCCAGACGACUACAACUACCGAAACAGGGGAUGAGAGGCGACACCGCGCAUACCGGCUCAUGUAUACUAUUCAAGACGUGGUGCUCGACAUUAAUAAACCAACAAUAAAGUGGCAUAUUGUAAAUUCACAUCUUUUUAUUCAAUAAAUUUUAGUGGAGAUUUUUCGGCAUUUAAAUGAGUUUUUUUCGCCCAAAAGAGACUCUGCCAAUAAAUUGUAGUCUUUCCACGCUCCAGAAACAACAGGGUUGUUGAACAAUGUCGAAUUAAUGGUGACAAUGUUAAUAAUACUGCAACAGAUCCAAUAUGUAAAAACAAAAAUUAAGUUUGCUAUAGCAACUAAAACCUUUUCACAGUUGUUUUUAUUUAUUUUGACCUCGACAAAAAAAGGUUCUAAAGAAGUGCUUCAAUUUUUUUUUAUUCUUAUCAAAAUCGCGUCACUAUUUGAUUUGGCGUCACAUAUCAGAAGAAAGCCCUUUAAAUGUAAAAAUUACUGAAAUAAUAUAACCAUUAUUUACUCUGACAAAUAAAAUAGACUUUCAGCACAGCGCCCUCAAUGCAGGUUUAUACGCAAAACGAAGGAUCAGAUUCAAUUGUGUCUAUAAACUGGGGGGGGGGAAUUGGCUUAGAUUAAAUCUUGGUUGUAUAUUUAAAUAUACAUAACUUUAGUGUGCUAAUUAUAACAUCACUUUGUUUAACGCAUGAUGUGAUGGCAAAGAGUCAAAUUGUUUCGUUUUAAAAUAAUGGAGUUUAAAUUUUUGCACUUUGGUGACGAGGUUGUAAGUCGGGUCAAGUACAGCACCUCAUUAAACGUUGUAUACCAUGCUGUAACAUAGUAGUCAGCACCAGUCUAGAGAACGAGAUUGCAUGUGGGGAAAACAAACAUGUGCUGCAACCAUUCGCUAUGGUGGAAACUAUGAUCUGGCUUUUGCACGACGUGGUGUGAAGCAAGUAGCUGAUGCCAAAAGGUAAACCCCUCUCUUUAUAACAAAAAAAUAGAAAGGAAACUGAUGUUCAAAUGCCACAAUAGUGUGGCUGUUUUGUCGAUCUAAAAAAGGAGUGGUCCAAGCAAGUGUUAAAGCUGUCAGAUUUGUGCAAUGAUAUACAUGAGUGAGCGAACUGCUCCAUUACGCUCUACAUAGCUCCCAGGUCUAAGUUAACAAAAGGUACUAGGUUAAAAGUGUUACAUAAUAUUUCGCCACCAUUGAUUGUGAAUCAUUUACAGGAUAACAAGAAUGUUAACCGAGAAUUUGUGUCAGAAUAGUGACACCGAAUAGGCGCCAGAAUUGUUGACCAAGAAUCCGGGUCCGAAUAUUGGCCAAGAGUCCAUAGUGUGAUAAUAAGCAGUGUCCCACUAGACUGGACCAAAAUUUCUUGGACCAAAUUUAACCCGAAUUCCUAGGAGAGUUUUGACCGAGAAUCUGAAAAUAAACCCCAUUAUCACUAACCUAUAAAUUACAAGUCAUUAUUAAGUGGCAGGAACACGGGUCGUGUUGACUCAUAUUCCGGGUCAGUAGGGUCUGUGGUGACAGGAACACGGGCCGAGUUGACGCAAGAUCCCGGAACCUGGAUUUGAUACAAUUUUGACCUGGGAGUUUUUUAGAGUGAAUCUUUAUAUUUAAAGCUGUAUAAACCGCGAUUAAAAGUAGAAUACUUUCUUUAAAACUUUGGUUUAUCUCUAUUAUUUCAAUAAUCAUGUGGAAAUUAUUAUCGAAAUUAUCAAGAGGGUGGCACGACAUUGGUAUGAAAAUGUAUUCACGAACGAUUGAAAAUUAAAAACAAAAAAUAGAAAGCUAAUGCAAAAUUUGCAAAUCCAUGAUCUAAGUGCAAAUAGUGGUUUUGAAAUAAAGUAACACACACCAAAAAGACAAAAACACGUUAUCAUAAACAACUGUACAAAACUUAAAUUUUAAUUAUCAAUAAUUGCUAUGAAAACAACAUUGGAAUGAAAUAUACUCGUCCGGAAACCAAAGAUGUACCACCACUUUUCGUAAUUUUUGAUGUGAUAAGAAAGUUUUCUUAGAAAAUGUCCUCUGCUCAUAGUUUAAAAACAACACCAACUUGCUUUAUGAACAGAGGGAUACCAUUUUCGAAUAAAAGUUACAAUUGAGUUUGCAUAUCUAAGCCUAUUAUAAUGUUUAUUAUCAAUUUUAUUUAUGCGCUUCCGGCAAAAAAAGUUCUGCAAGUUUUUCUCAUUAAAUACAAAUUAAAAAUAUUUUAUCUCAAAUUUUGUAAAUUUCUUGUAAAGUUGCGAUAAUUUUUUUCCCCCCCAAAACACAUAAGAAUGAACAUCAGCGUAUAGAGGAAGUGCCUAUGCUAAAGUGCUUAUUGUUACGGGGUUUCAAUGUGUUAAUAUCCCCUGUUAAGCUCUUGUGCGGGGUGUCGAAUUUCUGAACACUUUGGCGUUCCAUAUAACUUUCCGACGUCAAAAUUGUUGCAGAUAAUUUUAAUAGUUACACGAAUACCUUUUUUGUAGAAGAGCAAAAAAACACUACAACGCUCCACACCCCACCCAGCAAAAUAUGUUGUUCUGAUAAUUAUGUAUAUGCUAUUUUGUUAAUUUAAUUAUCAGCAAGUGAUCUGGUUGGUAUUUUCCGUUGUGUGUCUGUUUGUUUGGUUGUUGUUUUACUUGUUCCUUUCCUAUUUUUGUUGUCUUAAUAUCAGCUUGUAUAUUAUAUUGUUUAUUUUUAUUUGAUACGAUUGGAAUUAACGUAUUACGUUUCGUUUUUCAAAUAUAUUCCAAAAUUUGCCCAUUUUGAUUAUUAUUUCGACCGUUUUGAACAUAG